CGUUUACUCAAGUGAAGAAGGUGGGUUUCACACCAGCGAUACUAUCAUCAGCUGCGGGUGAUUAACAUGGCAAGUGGAGGGGAGACUGGGAACGGCGGCAAUAAUGGUGUAGGAAACUGGAACGCUGGAUGUACUAACGGCGGUGGAGGUAAUGGAGGGAUCUGGAAUGGAGGUAACAAUGGGGGAGUUGGAGGAAACGGCGGGAAUUCAAAUGGAGGAAACAAUGGCGGAUGGAACAAUGGUAACGGCUGGGGGAAUGGUAACGGUGGACACGCGGGAGGAGGAAACUGGGGAGGAGGUAACAAAGGAGGAUUUGGGGGAGGAAGUAACGGGAACUGGGGAGGUGGCAAUGACGGGAACUGGUGUAACGGAAACGGUAACAACUGGAACAACGGCGGAUGCGGUAACGGUGGUAACAAUGGCGCAAACGGAGGGGAUUGGAGGAGAUCAGCGCAGUGUUACAACUGCAACCAGUACGGCCAUAUUGCGCGCGAAUGUAACACACCGCGGCAGCAGAACGGAGGGGGGAAUUGGAAUGGAAACAGUGGUGGUGGGAGUUGGAAUGGGAACUGUGGUGGCAACAUUCACGUAAACGGAGGAAACAGCGAAGGAGGACGGCAAGGUUUUGAUGGUGCAAGCAGCUCGUCUUCUACUGGCCCAGCGAAUGCUAUCGGAAUUAGCGCUGAUUUGCAAGAAUCAUUCAAGGCGGUAGCUCUGUUUUCACAACGACAAAUCGAGAUGGAGGAGAGACGGGAGACGGAGAAAAGAGAAGCCGAGGAAAGAAGAAAAUGGCAAGAUGAAGAGCGAAGUGCGAGAGAAGAGAAUAAUCGUUUAGAGUUGGAGAGGAAGAAAGCCAAAGAGAAGGAGGAGGCUGAUCGUGAGUGGACGCUGCAAAUUCUGUUAGCUAAGCAAAAGAAGGUGUUAAGAGAGGAAUUUGAGAAGAUGUUCGAGAAAAAGUUGAAGAAAGUAGUAGUGUCAGAAAAGGCAGUGAAAGGAAAAGCACCGGUUUCAUCAAGCUCAGAGGGCGAAGAAGACGAAGAAGAUCCGCCUGAGGAACGCCUGGACAAGCGCAAGAGACAACCAGCGGUCGUCAGACAAGCCAGCCCGCCGGGAGAAUCGCCUGCAAAAGUGGGUAGACCAUCCACUUCGGCACCGCCGUCUACCCCGUUACCAGGGGAGUCUCCUCGUCUGAGAGGUCCCCAAUGGCAAGUCCGAAGGGAUGACUCCCAGCUAGGAUAUCCCUAUCAAGAAUCUAGCUUGUGGGAGGGGGCGCCUGUCUCCGACGACUACCGUUCGAUUAAUGCGUUCCGUAAUGCCGUCUGGAAAUUUCUGAGCAAGAAGCUAGUUGCGACUAUCCAGGAGAAGUGCAGGGAAGCAGGGCUGGUUUAUAGAGGGCGGCCGGAUGCGGUUGACGAAUUAAUCGAGUUAAGAGUUAUUUACUUUAGUACUGAGCAAAACUGACAGCCACCAAGCGUCACAACUCCAAUCCAAAGGCAGCGCGGUGGAGGUAUUGUCAUCAGGGAUUUACACGAAACUCAACGAGUG